UGGACAGGAUUUCUGCAAUAGAGAAUUAGCAACACGAGAUUGGAUUUGCAAAGUUCAAAUUGUGGAAAUCGGGCGCCCGCGAGAAAGUCUUGACAAGAAAUGUAGAUUCCAAAUUUUCAUUUUGGAAGAUGAAGAGGAAUGCCAGAUUAAGGCAGUUAUGUAUGCUGAUGAAAUUGGGCAGUAUGCAGAUAAGCUUAAACUCAUGAAUACCUAUUUCAUUUCUACCGCAAAAGUCAAAGUCUCACUAACUUCAUACGGCAAGCCAAUACAUAAAUUUUACUGGGUUCUUGACAAAGAAACAGUAAUUGAACAUAUCAAACCAUCUACCGAACUUGAGACAUCACUUCCACCACCAACCAAACUGAAUAUCACAACCUUUGACCGCAUUCCUCAUAUGAUGGUUGAUUCUGCUGCUGAAAUUGAUAUACUGGCAAUCGUUGUUCGUUGUGGUCUUCAAAAAUACGCAGGUCGCACUCAUCAUAAGUGUCGAGAAAUAACCAUUUGUGACAAUCAGAAAAAUCAGUUUCUCCUCACUCUAUGGGACGAUUUCGGAGAAAUCGAAGGAAAUGAAAUUGAAGAUAAAAUGGAAACAGCAGCAGAUUUAAUUGUAAUCCUCGGAAGGAAUAUAAGAAUCUCUACUUAUCAGGGGUUGUCACUGCAGAGUAUGUUCUAUUCCACAAUACGUUUGGAUCCUAAUUACCCACAGGCAAUAGAACUCAUCAACUGGGCAAAAGCAAACAAAACAAUGUUGUUAGGUCGUCCGUCAAACAAAACCUCAACAAGCUCAUCUGCCCCUCCCAUGGUAGUAACUCCUGCCGGACAACAAGUUAUCUCUAUUGCACAAAUGUCAUCAGCAGCUUCUAUGGGACUCUUCUAUGUUGAGGCAGAAAUGGCCAUAUCAAAUGAAUUCCAACAGUUUUGUGUGCUUGAAUACUCAGGAUGCAAGCAGAAGAAGCGCACAAAGGAUAGAAAGGAUUUUGAAUGUCAAAAAUGCAAUCGGAAAUCAGCAUUAGUGCCUCGGUACUAUACUUUUGACUUGUAAAUUAUACUUUCUACAAAAUAUAGCGUAUGUUAUACCCAAAUUUUAAACUUUCCAUGCUUUCAACUGUGUCUUUCAAAUUGAUCUUAUUGAUGGUACUGCUACAACCACAUCAUCCAUAUCUGGUGAAUUGGGAGAAAAAUUACUCUCCAUGACAGCGGAAGACAUAUUUGACAUAACUUGCGCUAAGGAACUCCCUCACACCAUUUUGUCACUUUUGCUUAUGCUAGGGACAAUAUAAUGACUGACUCUCCCUAUGCUCUAGUUUUUUGCAUCAGGAAGGUUACCUAUGGACAAGCAAACUGCAGUGUCCUCUAAAUAUGCUAGACAAUGACAUGCUAAUCUUAUAUACCAAAACUGCAACAUGUACUAUAUUAUUUUGGUUAUAUUACAUUACUUAGUAUAUGCAAAUCGUUCAAGUCGACAUCGUACUUGUGUCUAUUGUACAUAUUCUGAAUAUUUCUAAUAGUACAUAAUAUAAUAGAUCAUAUUAUCUA